AUGCCGUUUUUACAGUCUAAGAAGUUUAAAGCGAUGAAUGUUGGCGUUAGCCUUGAUGAAGGUGCUCCAGUAAAUAUUCCUGAGGUGCCUGUAUUUUACCAGGAUAAAGUGGCGUGGCAAAUCAGAGUUAAUUGUUACGGUACUACAGAACAUGGAUCAGCAUUCCAACCCACCAAUAUUACUGCAACUGGAAAGUUGGAGAGUCUCAUAUACUCAGCGGGAGACAACAUAACGAUCACGUAUUUAUCAAAGAACCCACAAAGCCCAGCCACAGUCGCCAACUCAUCCAAUCCGUUUUGGACAGCUAUUGAGAAAACCGCUGAAGAAAUGUAA